UAAUCAAAAUAAUUGUGAAAAGCAACAUCACAAGUUGAAGAACAUUAAAGGUUUAUCGUCAACUAACAUCAAGAAGAUAAGUAUGACAGCUCGUGAAUGUCAACAAUGGCUUUGAUAUCCGACUGGACACAAUUAGGGAGUGAUAUAUUUUACAGGAAACAUGAACUCUAUUCAAUGGAAUGGGGUGGAGGCAUCAAUCUGGGUGACUUUAUGGUUGCUGCUGCACCAUAUGGAGGACCUAUUGCCCUCACUAGAGAUGAAUCAAAAUAUACAAAAGUGGCACGUUCUGGGGGGAAGCCAAUAGUCUUUGUGUUCAGUGCUUCAGGAAGGAAGAUAGCUUCAUUCAAAUGGACUGGUGGAUACCUCCUCGCUUUUGGAUGGUCACGGAGUGAAGACCUUGUAUGUGUACAGGAGGAUGGAGCUGUUCUGUUAUAUGAUAUGUUCGGGAAUUAUCAACAUACAUUCAAUUUGGGUCAGGAGGUUAAAGAUACGCACAUAUUGAGUGCUCAAGUCUUUACAAGCCAUCGUGAAACUGGAGUUGCCAUCUUAAGCAACUCAAAUCGAAUAUUUCUCGUUAGCAACAUAUAUGAACCACGCACUAGGAAAUACCCUGAUAUUCCAGGUGGUGUUGUAGAGUGUUGGUGUGUUGUUAGAGAGGAGCGUCAUACUAAUGUCUUGGUUAGUCAGGGUCGAGAUCUAUUUCUUCUUAGUCACGUGGAGCAGCGACCACAAGCAUUGUACCCUGACUGGAGUGAACCAGGUGGACGUAUACUAGAGAUGGCAGUAUCUUCUAAUUCACGUCAUAUUGCACUUCUUUCGGAAUCGGGGAAGCUUUGGAUUGGAUCUUCAGAUAUAAGAAUGAAGUAUUGUGAAUAUGAUGCAAAGAGUCAAGUUAAACCAAAGCAGAUAUCAUGGUGUGGAACAGGUGCAGUUGUGCUUUUGUGGGAUAUGACCUUAGAAGUUGUGAGUGUAAAUGGUGAUGCAACAAGUUAUUAUCUUGAUUCUGCAUCAUAUCUUGUUCAGGAAGCUGAUGGAGUGAGGGUCAUUGGAAGCGUCUCUCAUGAUCUGUUACAGAAGGUCCCUUUAGUAGUAGCAGAGACACUUGGAAUCGGUUCUAUGGCCCCUGGUGCUUUGCUUUUGGAAGCAUCUAAGGGCUUUCAGGAACGGAACACAAGAGCAAAUGAUUGUUUGGGUAUGAUUAAGAAUUCUAUGGAAGAAGCUGUAUCGCAGUGCUUGCAAGCAGCACAACAUGAAUUUCGUCCGCAGACACAGAAAAUGCUCCUUCGGGCAUCAAUGUUUGGCAAAAGUUUCAUUCCAGAAAUUAAUCCUGAGCCGUGCAAGAAAGCUAUAUUUACUCUACGGGUUCUUAAUGCUGUGAGAGAUUACAGAGUAGGGCUGCCUCUAACAUGGAGCCAACUAGAACAUCUGACUCUCCCAGUGCUCCUAGACAGACUUGUUUUCCGCAGACUCUUUCCCUUAGCUUUGCAAAUAGCUGGUUUUUUAAAGCUACCGGAAUCUGAUGGUGCCUCACGAAUCUUAGCUCACUGGGCUUGUUACAAGGUUCUUCAACCAUCUCAAAAGAGUGAUGAACAAAUUGCCAAAGAAAUCAAUAGUAAGUUAGGAUAUACCCCAGGCAUAUCAUAUACCGAUAUUGCCAAUCGCGCUGACAGAGCUGGAAGAAAACAGUUGGCAGUAAAAUUAAUCGAAUAUGAAUGCCGUGCUAAGGAGCAAGUUUUAGUUCUCAUGAGACUGGGGGAAGCUCAGACAGCACUUAGAAGAGCAAUACAAAGUGGUGACACUGAUCUCAUCUUUACAGUGCUCGAUCAUUUACGACAGAAACUCCCUUCAGGGGAUUUCCUGAUGCUGAUAAGAGAUUUUCGGGUGGCCAAAUCUCUAUAUAUCCGCAGUUGUAGAGAAACUGAUACAGACCAGCUGCGGGAUAUUUUAGUCCAGGAAGAUGAUUUCCUUGGUCAAGCACUUCUUAGAGUCAAAGAAGCUUAUCAGUCAAAUAGAGAAGAUACAAGACAAGCUUCGUUACAAGGUGCUGCUGAACUCUUUCGGAAGGCAAAAAAUGAAAUGGCUUUUCAGAUGACUGAGGAGCAAAUAAGGCUUUUCAAAUGGCAGGUAAAUCUUGGAAAUUCAUGCAAUUCACAUAUUUUGAAAUUAUAGUUUAGA